UUUUAAAUUUUAAUAUAUACUUUAAAAUGUAAUAUUGGUUUCUUGCUAUUCCACUUGUUUUGCUUUGACUCUGUGGAGCACUUUGUAAACAUUGUUUUUAAAGGUGCUAUAUAAAUAAAGUUAUUAUAAUUAGCUUAAACAUGCUCGUUGCUAACUCUUCUCUUUCUGCCUCUCAGGAAAAAACGUUCCAGUGUCACCGCACCUGGGACCUUAAGAAGAUUAAUUAAUAUUUGUACACAGGUCCACAUCCGCCUCCCCAUGCAGAACUCCGUGAAAUGAAUAAAGCACCACAGCCUAUAACAGGACCCCCCUCCAUCCCCCACCCUGCCCCCUCCCCCGGCCUGUCACAGCCCUCAUUCUCCCCCGGGCCGCCCCCUUCUGUCGCGUUUGCCACCCCACCGCCUCCACAAAUGAACCCAGCACCUCAACCCCGACAGUUUGCCCCAGGGCCCCGACCUAUGCACCAACAGGGAAGCUUCAGGUCGCUACAGCCCUAUUACACCAACAGGGCCAGCCUGCCGCCCAGCAGCGGGCCUCGGGGUGUCCCUCCCAACAGCGACCCCCGGCCCGUGACGCCCACCCACGUCUACCAGCCGGGCCCCGGCUCUCAGAUGAUGAUGAUCCCCGGGCAACAGUUGCCCUUCCCAAGCUCGCCGCAGGGCCCCGCCUACUUCAUCCCGGGACAGUACCGGUCAGCAACCUACGUGUCCACACCUCAGCAGUACCCUGUCCCGACGGGCACCCCCGGCUUCUACCCAGGAACCAACACCGCUGAAUAUGGUACUUAUGCAGGGGCCUACUACCCCGCCCAGACCCAGUUCACCCCCUCGGUGCAGGCGGCGCCCGUCAUGAACCCGGCCCCCCAACAGCAGCCGCAACCUCCACCGCAGCCCCCCCAACACAUCUCCACCAAACGGGAACGCAAACAGAUCAGAAUAAGAGACCCGAACCAAGGAGGACGAGACAUCACAGAGGAGAUUAUGUCCGGGGGCCGCAGCGGCUCUACCCCCACCCCACCACAGACAGCCAUAUCAGAAAGUCCAACAUUGGUUCAGUCCAACGGUGAGAGCAUCACAGCUGCUGUCACAGUGGUCAGACCAGAUGACAGAGGGAAGCCUACGCCCCCUCCUCCGUCAAAGACCCCUGAACUUGCGACGGGCAGCCCCUCCCCCGCAAAGGCGCUCCCCUUCUACACGAACACUAAGCCCCGCGCGGCGCCUCUUCCGUCAGAAGCGGCGGGCGUCUCUCUCGACACUAUUCCCUCUCCGGCGCCCGUCGCAGACGUGAUGGACGCUCACAGGAAAGCCACCGUGACCCCCCAGUCGGCGCCCGAGGUGCCCGCCUACCCCGCACCUCUCCCCGGCCCGGUCCCCUCCGCCGCCGCGCACAAGAGAACCGCAGCCAAGAAGGAGGCGUUAAAAGAGGAGGCGGCUAACACGAAAGAGGCAGCAGCUGUCGCCUCUCUGGACACGCCCCCCCCCUCCUCCGCCGCCACAAACGGCGUCGCGGAGCCGGAAGGGCCGUCGGUCGCGGCGCCGUCUCGUCACACGGAGGCACCCCCGGAGUCUCCCAUCGCACAGCCGGAGGAGCUCCGCCUCCCCAACGGGCUGCCGCUGCCGGCCCCCCGAGACACCGAGGUGCCCGCCGCCGCCGGCUCGACGGAGCGCGACGACAGCCCCAUCGCCGAGCCGGACGUCGGCGAGGAGCGCGUCACGCAAACCGCCGUCUCCGUCUCUCAGGUGGCACCGAGAGAAGUCACUACACCUAAAGCCGUCACGCAGGUGGCACCUAAAGCCGCCAUGAAAGCGGCGCCUACAGCCGUCACCCAAGUGGCACCUAAAGCCGCCACGCAUAUGGCGCCAAAGCCCGUCAUUAAAGCGGCGCCUUCGCCCGCCACUCAGGUGACACCUACAGCCGUCACUCAGACGGCGGAAAAGGCCGUGAUUAAAGGGGCGCCUUCGCCCGCCACUCGAGUGACACCUACAGCCGCCACGCAGACGGCGGCAAAGCCUGUCAUUAAAGCGGCGCCUUCGCCCGCCACUCGAGUGACACCUACAGCCGCCACGCAGACGGCGGAAAAGCCCGUCAUUAAAGCGGCGCCUUCGCCCGCCACUCAGGUGACACCUACAGCCGUCACUCAGAUGGCGGAAAAGGCCGUGAUUAAAGGGGCGCCUUCGCCCGCCACUCGAGUGACACCUACAGCCGCCACGCAGACGGCGGCAAAGCCUGUCAUUAAAGCGGCGCCUUCGCCCGCCACUCAAGCGGUGACUAUAGCCGUCACUCCGGCAACGCCUGAGCCCGUCACUCAAGCGCCGCCCGCAGCCGCCUCUGAAGCGCCGCCUACGGCCGUCACUCAAGCAACAGCCGCCACUGAAGCAGCCGUCUCUCCGGCGCCGCCUACAGCCGCCACCGAAGAGCCGCCUACAGCCGCCGCUAAAGCGACGCCUACAACCGUCUCUCCUGCGCCGCCUACAGCUGCCACUGAAGAGCCGCCUACAGCUGCGACGCCUACAACCGUCUCUCCUGCGGCGCCUACAGCUGCCACUAAAGAGCCGCCUACAGCUGCGGCGCCUACAACCGUCUCUCCGGCGGCGCCUACAGCCACCACUGAAGAGCCGCCUACAGCCGCCACUAAAGAGCUGCCUACAGCUGCGGCGCCUACAACCGUCGCUCAGGCGGCGCCUCUAGCCGCAGUCGAAGCUGCGCCCGCCUCCGCUGAGCAGCCUGCGCCCGCCGUCCAGGAGGUUCCCGAGGCUCCGGUCGACCCGGCGGCGCCCGCCGAGCCCGAGGUCAAAGACGCGGUUCCUCCGGUCGCCCCGGACAUCAAAGAAGACGCCGCGGUGCCGGACGAGACCUCGGAGGAGACGCCAUCUCCCGCGGAGACGGUUUCCACGGCCGCCGUUGAGCCGGCGGCGGCGCCCGCUACCUCGUCUCCCGCGGCGGAGCAGAGGGAGGACACGCCUCCUCCCCCGGCGGUCACACCCGCCCUCGUAGAAGCUACUAUGCAAGCCGCCGUGUCGGUGCCAAAGAAAAAGAGGAAGAUGAAGGAUCUGAACAAAAAGGAGGUCGUGGGAGACCUCCUGGACGCCUUCAAAGAGGAGCAAGUGGUCUCUCCCCCGGAGCCCAAACCGGCCCCCGCGGCCCCAGAGACCAAGCCCCCCGCCGCCUCCCCUCCGGCCCCCGAGGAGGCCGACCUCACCUGGGAGGACAAGGAGGACAAGGAGGGCAAGCUGGCCGCCGAGAAGAAGUACCAGUACAAAGAAGAACAAUGGAAGCCGAUCAACUCCGAGGACAAGAAGCAUUACGACCGGGAGUUUCUCCUGGGCUUCCAGUACAGCUCAGCCAGCAUGAACAAGCCCGAGGGUCUGCCGGCCAUCAGCGACGUCGUCCUGGACCAGGCGAAUAAGACCCCUCUUCGAAAAAUGGACUUCAGUCGUCUACAAGCGAUGACCUGCGGCCCCGACUUCACGCCCUCCUUCGCCAACCUCGGCAGGCCUGGAAUGGGAAGCGGUGGAGGAGGCGGAGGCGGCGGAGGAGGAGGAGGAGGCAGUGGUGGCAGAGGCCCGCCCCCGGGCAUGGGCAUCGGCGGCCCGCGGCGCUCUCAGCAAAUGCCGCGCAAAGAGCUGCGCAAGUUCAUCACCACCAUGUCGCUGGGCGAGGACAUCCAGCUGAACAAGGCGGAGAAGGCCUGGAAGCCCUCGGCCAAGAAGGCCGUCCGCAGCCGCGCCGCCGAGGAGCCCGAGGACGGCGACUCGGAGAGCGCCAAGACCCAGGAGCUGUUCAAGCGCGUCCGCAGCAUCCUCAACAAGCUGACCCCGCAGAAGUUCCAGCAGCUCAUGAAGCAGGUGACGGAGCUCACCAUCGACACCGAGGAGCGGCUGAAGGGCGUCAUCGACCUCACCUUCGAGAAGGCCAUCUCCGAGCCCGACUUCUCGGUGGCCUACGCCAACCUGUGCCGCUGCCUCAUUGGGCUCAAAGUGGAGACCACGGAGAACCCGGAGACCACGGUGAACUUCCGGAAGCUGCUGCUCAACCGAUGCCAGAAGGAGUUCGAGAAGGACAAAGACGACGACGAGAUCUUUGAGCUGAAGCAGAAGGAGCUGGACGCCGCCUCCGUGCCGGAGGAGAAGCAGCGGCUUACCGUGGAGCUCCAGCAGGCGAAGGACGUCGCCCGGCGGCGGUCGCUCGGCAACAUCAAGUUCAUCGGCGAGCUGUUCAAGCUCAAGAUGCUGACGGAGGUCAUCAUGCACGACUGCAUCGUGAAGCUGCUCAAGAACCACGACGCCGAGUCCCUGGAGUGCCUCUGCAGGCUGCUGUCCACCAUCGGCAAGGACCUGGACUUCGAGAAGGCCAAGCCUCGUAUGGACCAGUACUUCAAUCAGAUGGAGAAGAUAAUCAAGGACAAGAAAACCUCGUCCAGGAUCCGCUUCAUGCUGCAGGACGUGAUCGACCAGCGGCGGAACAAAUGGGUGUCCCGGCGAGGCGACCAGGGCCCCAAGACCAUCGACCAGAUCCACAAAGACGCCGAGCAGGAGGAGCACAGGGAGCAGAUGAAGGUGCAGCAAGCCCUCACCUACAAGAAGGACCCGGGCCCCGGAGGCCGCAUGGGUGGAGGAGGAGGAGGAGGUCGCGGGGGCUCUCACAACCAAGGCCGGGGCGCUCCUGUCCAGGACGAGGGCUGGAACACGGUGCCCAUUUCCAAGACCCGACCCAUCGACACCUCUCGCCUUAGCAAAAUCACCAAGACUCCCGUUCUCGACUUCAACAACCAGUUGCUCGCCCCCGGCGGUAAAGGCACGUGGGGGAGCUGGGGGAAGGGCAGCAGCGGCGGCACCACGGCCAAACCGGUAGAAUCGGGCCCGGAGCCGGCCGGCCGGCCGGCCACCAGCACCAUAAACCGGUUCUCGGCCUUACAGCAGUCGGCGGCGUCCUCGGGCCCGGCGGCCCCGGAAUCGGACCGACGGGUUCCUCGGAGGAACAGCUCGAGUCGAGAGCGCGGCGGCGCCGAUCGCUUCGACCGCGACCGAAACCGCCUGCCGAUCACCAAGCGCAGCUUCAGCCGGGAGACCGAGGAGCGAGAGCAGCGCGGCUCGGCCGACCCCGUCCGCCGCGUGGCGAGCAUGACGGACGACCGAGGCAGCCGGGAGCGAGCCAGGAGCAAAGAGAACGUGAAGCGGGAGACGGCCGCGACCCCUCCUCCGCCCCCGACCCCCACCAAGCCCGCCUUGAGCGAGGAGGAGCUGAGCAAGAAGUCCACGGCCAUCAUCGAGGAGUACCUGCACAUCAACGACAUGAAGGAGGCGCUGCAGUGCGUGCAGGAGAUGAACAGCGCUCAGCUGCUCUUCGUGUUCGUGCGAAACGGGCUGGAGUCGACGCUGGAGCGCAGCACCAUCGUCAGGGAGCGCAUCGGGCUCCUGCUGCAGCAGCUCGUCAAGAGCAACGUCCUCCAGCGGCAGCAGUACUACACCGGGCUUCAGGAGAUCCUGGAGGUGGCUGAAGACAUGUCGAUAGACAUCCCCCACAUCUGGCUGUACCUGGCGGAGCAGAUCACCCCCAUGCUCCACGAGGGAGGCAUCCCCAUGGGAGACCUCUUCAGAGAGAUCUCAAAGCCGCUGGUCCCUCAGGGUCAGGCCGGAGUCCUGCUGGUCCAGAUCCUCACGCUGCUCUGCAAAGGAAUGAGUCACAAGAAGGCGGGCGCCAUGUGGAGGGAGGCCGGCCUCCGGUGGAAAGACUUCCUCCCCGAAGACAAGGACGUCAACAAGUUUGUGACGGAGCAGAGAGUUGAGUUCACGCUCGCUAACGACUCUGAGAAGGAGGAGGAGGGAGAGAGGAAGGAGCUGAGCCCCGCGGAGAUCAGCAAGCAGCUGGAGAGGCUGAUCCAGGAUCAGGCCGACGACCAGAGGCUCUUUGACUGGGUCGAGGCCAACCUGGACGAGCAGCAGUCGUCCUCCAGCGUGUUCGUCAGAUCUCUGAUGACGUGCGUCUGCCAGUCGGCCGUCGUCUGUGAGAACCCCAACAAGGUGGACGGCGAGCGGAUCAAGGAGCGCGCCAAGGUGCUGCACCGAUACCUGAAGGACGAGCAGCUGGAGCUGCAGGCGCUCUACGCGCUGCAGGCGCUGAUGGUGCAGCUGGAGCAGCCGGCCAAUCUGCUGCGCAUGUUCUUCGAUGCCCUCUACGACGAGGACGUGAUCAAGGAGGAGGCGUUCUACAAGUGGGAGACGAGCAAGGACCCGGCGGAGCAGCAGGGGAAGGGCGUGGCCCUGAAGUCUGUCACAGCCUUCUUCACCUGGCUGCGGGAGGCCGAGGACGAGUCCGACAACAGCUAAAGGGGGCGUGGCCUCGGACCGUCGGGGGCGGGGCCACGAGGAUCCUCGUUCUGUGGAGGAUUCGGGAAAACGCCUGAAUCGGCAAAAAAAAAAUUAAACUUCUGCAUAAACAGAAUAAAAGGAGAGAAAUCUUCAACUGGGAGAGAGAUCGUAUUUUGGAUCGAAUGUUCGAUCAUGUUUUUCUUUUUUUUUAUGGAUUUCUUGUUUUUUUUCGUGCGCAACUGAAUGUCUUUUUUGAAAUAACUAAAAACAGGUUUAAAUAGAGAGAAUAGAUACGGGAAAGAGAGAGAGAGAGAGAGAAUGCUGAGAAGCGUUACGAGCCACACGGGAGAUGUUUCCUUCAAUAUCUUUAUUUUAUUUUUAUGUUUAUCUCCCGUUUUCAGAUGGCAACACUAUCCGAGACACUUUGCUUCAUGACAGAUAUAAAAGAAACUUUAAAAAAAAAAAAAAAAAAGGCAGUUCACAUUUAUAUUUUUGAUGACUUCAUCCUUUUUUUCCCGCGUGAACGCGACACGGCGCAACGUUUUUAUCGCGUCGCACGCGCAACUUUUUUUUCCUUUUCUACGUGAGGCGCGCUGGCGUAGACGGCUACUUUGUUUGUUUUUUUGUUCCUCCAGUGCUGGCUGGUCGGAGUGAGCGUUUUUUUAUAAUAAAAUGGAGAGAAAAAACUACAAAGAAGAAGAAGAGCGUUUCAGACGGUCGACGACUCCCAAAGACUUUAUGAGGGCGGAGUCACUGAGGAACUUUGACCAUUUUGCUGCUUUUGUGUGGGGGGGGGGAGGAGGAGGUGGGGGGAGGGGCGGUGACCACGCCCCCUCACCCCAAAUUCACCCUCUCCUGUGUGUCUGUUGUUUGCUGCGCUUCACAAACAAACAAACUGUUAACUGAGAAGAGGAAGAGGACUGCACCCCCCUCCUGCAAAAAAAAAAAAAAAAAGGCCGGUUGGAUUUUUUUGAAAAAAAUGCUGAAACUUGAAGAAAAAAGAAAAAAAAGUACGCAGACAGAAAUCCACUUUAUUGAAAAAAAAAUGUGUUUUAAAGAAGAAAGUUUAACGGGAUGACUCCGACGGCCUUUCUCACGAGUGGGAAUGCAUUUCCGGAGAGUUCUGUAAAUAUAUAAAUGUCUUUUCUUUUCUCCUCUCAGAAUGAUGCUUAACAUAAAUGUAAGCCCUGCCUCCUCUGAAACAACAGUCUUUUUCCCUGUAUUUAUAUAUUUUUCUCUCCUCCAGCCUGGCAGAAGGUGCUUUGUAAUUAUCCAAACUCCCCUCGAGUCAUUGAUCGCAAAUUUAAUUGAAAAAAAAAAUUGUAAAUACUUUUUUGCUUUACUUUCUAAAAAAAAAAAAUUUAUUUAAUUAAAAGUACAUUUAAUGCCUCUUUUCACACCCAAAACUGGAAGAGAUAAUAAAGAUCGUUGCCAAUAAAAGAAGGAAGAGAAAAAAAAACACA